CAAGAGCUACAGCAACGUUUCUUGCAGCAGUCAGAAUUAGCAGCCAGCCUGUACUCCUCUGGGAGAGAAGACAUCGAGAGAGUGAGACAGAAAGAGAGCGAGAGAGAGAGGGAGGGCGAGAGAAGGAACCCUUGUCACACACUACAGUCUUUAAGUGUGAUACUGUAUGAUUGUCUCUCUGUGUAGACGGAGGACAAGACGAUCGUGGUUCGUCUCUCACCGAAGGGCUCAUCACUUGCAUUUUGAGGCUGCGUUUCUGAUACAGCCGUCGACGGGAUUUCAGGGGGAAUUAGGAUCAUUUAGGCAGAGCUGGAUCGGGCAUCGAGGGAUCCGCGAUGAUCUCCGUCUGGAGGGGGCAUGGGAUGGCUCAAUGGGGGUUCUGCUGGGUUUUCCUGGGGCUUUGGAGGUUCAGCGUCGGGUGCCCUGCAUUCUGCACAUGCAGCAGCUCAAGGAUUUCAUGCAUCGACCAGGAACGUGGGAUCUUGGAUUUCCCAGUUCUGCAGAACGAUAUCGAAAUGGAAAACGUUACCGAAAUAUAUAUUGCAAAUCAAAGUAAAUUGAAAUCCAUCAACGACAUGGACUUGAAAAUGUAUAGGAACCUCAGAAAUUUAACUGUGACAAAUACUAGCUUGAAUAACAUAUCCCGCCAAGCCUUUCUGGGCAAUGCCAGACUGCAAUAUCUGAACCUUAAAGAUAACAAACUGUCUGCGUUGUCCUGGAAGGUGUUUCGCCACUUAAACCUGUCAUACCUAAUCCUGUCUGGGAACCGGCUCCGCUGUUCCUGUGAGAACAUGUGGAUCCGACUCUGGUUGGGGGACGAGGCCGACGGCCAGGAGCUGCGGUGUGUGGAGGACAGCGGUCGAGAGAGGCCCCUCUCCCAGCUUUCCCCGCUUGGCUGUGUCCCUCCUGUGGCAACACUGACCCCUUCUAACAUAACAGUGAUCCAGGGUGCCGAUGUUGUGCUGGAGUGCAGCGCGUCAGGAGCGCCCCCUCUUGAACGUACUUGGAAUUUCAGCACCUUGGUCUCCGACAGAAAGGUGAGGAACUUCGGGCAGCGAUCGGAGGUGCGUCUUUUUAACCUCUCCUCCGUCGACAAUGGCUGUAAGAUCACGUGCAACGUCGAGAACGACGUCGGCGAGAACGAGUCCUCUGUUGUGCUCGAUAUUCUCUUUGCUCCGGAGAUCACCAAACUCCUGGAUGCAGUGUCGGACCACCACUGGUGCAUCCCGUUCAGCGUGGCUGGGAACCCCACACCAACACUGCAGUGGCUGUUCAAUGGUGGAACGCUUGCCGAGGACAACUACAUCCAGACCAUGAUCUACGACUUCUCUGAGAGCGAGUACCACGGCUGCCUCCAGCUGGACAACCCCACGCAUCUCAACAACGGCCAGUACACGCUGGUGGCCGUGAACAAGUUUGGCAGAGACCAGAAGUCUAUUGAUGCCCACUUCAUGCACAAACCUUGGGCAGGAGUCAUCACUGAACCUGAGUACUAUGACUCGACCACAGAAGAUCCUGUAUUACAACCAGAAAGCAAAGACAGUGUUGCUGUGUAUGUGGUGGUUGGAAUCGCUGCUGUGGCUUUCACUGGAUUUAUCCUCAUGCUGGUUCUUCUCAAGUUUGGGAGAAACUCAAAGUUUGGAAUUAAAGGACCUUCAUCAGUGAUCAGUAAUGACGAUGACUCCGCCAGCCCCCUCCAUCACGUAUCCAAUGGCAGCAACACCCCCUCUUCAUCGGAGAUGGGCCCCGACGCCGUCAUCAUCGGAAUGACCAAGAUUCCCGUCAUCGAGAAUCCACAGUAUUUCCGCACCUCCGGCAACCUGCUAAAGUCUGACACCUUUGUCCAGCAUAUAAAACGGCACAACAUCGUCCUGAAGCGGGAGCUGGGGGAAGGGGCCUUCGGGAAGGUCUUCUUGGCAGAGUGCUACAACCUGUCUCUGGACCAGGACAAGAUCUUGGUGGCUGUCAAGACUCUAAAAGAGGCCAGCGAGAAUGCCCGCAAGGACUUCCACCGAGAGGCGGAGCUCCUGACGAACCUGCAGCAUGAGCACAUCGUCACGUUCUACGGCGUGUGCGUUGAGGGCGACCCCCUUAUCAUGGUCUUUGAGUACAUGAAGCAUGGAGACCUCAACAAGUUCCUCAGGGCCCACGGGCCGGACGCCGUGCUGAUGGCGGACGGGCAGAACAAUCGCCCAGUGGAGCUGAGCCUGUCGCAGAUGCUGCACAUCGCCCAGCAGAUCGCCGCCGGCAUGGUCUACCUGGCCUCCCAGCACUUCGUGCACCGUGACCUGGCCACCCGCAACUGCCUGGUGGGCGAGAAUCUGCUGGUGAAGAUCGGCGAUUUUGGAAUGUCCAGGGACGUCUACAGCACUGACUACUACCGGGUCGGCGGUCACACCAUGCUGCCUAUUCGGUGGAUGCCUCCGGAGAGCAUCAUGUAUAGGAAGUUCACCACCGAGAGUGAUGUCUGGAGUCUGGGUGUGGUCCUGUGGGAGAUCUUCACCUAUGGCAAGCAGCCCUGGUACCAACUCUCUAACAAUGAGGUGAUCGAGUGCAUCACUCAGGGCCGGGUCCUUCAGCGACCCCGUACCUGUCCGAAGGAGGUGUAUGACCUUAUGCUGGGCUGCUGGCAGAGGGAGCCUCACGUCAGGCUCAACAUCAAGGAGAUCCACACCAUGCUGCAGAACCUGGCCAAAGCCUCGCCAGUCUACCUGGACAUCCUGGGCUGAUUCCCACGCUGACCGCGCGCGUGUGUGUGUGCGUGUGUGUGUGUGUGUGUGUGUGUGUGUGACCGCGGCGUGAGCGAGUGUGUGCGAAUGAGGCGUGCUUGAACGUGUGGAAGUGUACAUGCCUGAACAGCCAUGAUCCCGCUCUCAAUUCUGACGGCGUUGAAAAAGAUGACAAGGAGAAGCUUUUUCUAAAGGGCCUCACACACUCCCCCAGCACAUGACAGACCCCACUCGCCCCGACUCUUCUUUCAUCCUCCCUCUUCACCCAUCCGUCUGUAUUUGUUUUGCUUUCGUCCAUUAUAAAUUUCCACAGAGUGAUCACCUAGCAUCUCCAGCUAUCUACACAGCCAUGACCCUGAGGAGUUUCACACUCACUCUGCCUAAUGAAAAUUACUCUCUCCUGUUCUUGCCUUUGCCCAGGAUGAGCAAAAGGGAAAAAAGACUAAAACUGUGUCCUGUAAAUAUUAUCCGUCACCAAUUCUCAGCCCUCCUGCCCUCCAGUGCCAAGGGUAUGGCAAUGUGUAUUUUUUUUUGUGCUUUGCGUGGUGUUACCAAGGAGAAAGCUAACAAAAUGUGGCUGUGCCUGAGAAUAGGAGAAAUGUAUUGUUUCUGCGGGGGGGGCUGUCAAACUCACCCAAAGUACUGCUUUCUUUUUUUUUUUUACUUUCGGAGGUCCUAUCCAGAGCUUUCGUUUGGGUGAUCAAAUGUAAUUGACAAAACUAGGGGAAAAGUGUUGAGUCAUUGUGUCGGGAAGCAUCGUCAUUUCUCACUUGGGGGGGGGGGGCAACAUUCUUGAACAAUCAUUUUGCACUCUAAUGCACAUAUUUAUUUCAGGGUCGGCUGCGGAGGUGAGGGACUUCCUUACUGCAGGAAUGUAAAUGCCCUGAGAAAUUGCCCAAAAACGUGUGCUUAUCACAGCCGUGGCUGCAGAUGCUAAUGUCCCUUACAGUCUUUUGUGGGCGCAAAAUUGAAUUUUGCAUGUUUUUUUUUCUCACUACUUGAGUAAUAUAGCCGUUUAAGAACAGAGCAGGCUCCCCGUAAUGGUGUAAUGUAUAUUUCAUUAAGGAGACUAAUGCAGACCAUUAGCAAAGCACACAUUUGAUGGGGUGAUAGAAACUCUGCAACAUGGACAUUUAAGAUUUAUUGUUUUACGGGGAAAAGAGACUGAAUCUCUCCAGAGGCUUGGAUAUCAGAUUUAUUACAGUUUGAUUUGUACCUUUUGGAAUGCUGGUCCUUCAGCACUUUGGUGCUCCUCACGUGCUGGAGAGGCCCCACCAAAGAGUUAAGGCCGGGCGUGUUGCACGCAUCUUCGUGCAGAUGUGUAGAGCAUUCUCUGUGGAAUGAGAGCGGGAAGGCGAGAUCUGGGAAUUAACAUGGAGUACCAUUCAGUGGAAACACCCAAACUCACAGCAUUUGUCUCCUGGAUGGUUAUGGCCAUUGUAACAAAUUGUACUUUUUAAUAUCAUUCUUUCAUAUUAUUUUUUUCAGUAUUUAUAAGUUUAUGUCUUUCUGGUGGUUACAGUCUUAGUAAACUGGUGUUAAUUUGACGAGUUCUUUUUGAUAGUCUAUUUUUAUACUUAAUUUAUUUGACUUGAAGCACUUUUACAUUUUUUUUUGGUCUGGAACAGUGUUGUCCUUGCUUGAACAAAAACACAAGUUUUGUUUCACUGAUUUCUUAGUUGUUUACUCUUGACUAAAUCCAGGGGUUCAGGUAAUCCAUGGAAACUGACAUUCCAGAGUAUUAAAUUUGUCUUGAACCCACUGUGCGAUCUACUGUAUUGACCGAGGUCAAUCACAGCGAAGCCGGCCACCAAGGCAGAACGUUUGAGUGAUGUUGGCGGAAGCGCUCUUGUGUGAUCACGCCUCAAACUUCAUGCAUCACGGGGGAAAGGAAAAAGUGAAGCGGGGGAGCAGACCCCGUCACUCCCAGGCGCAGCCACAUAGCAUCACGGUGAACGCUUUGUCCCGCCCCCCCCCCCCUUGCCCCCUGUUGCGGCAAAGACGGAACACAGCUCCCCCGCUAAGCCCCCUGCAGGCAGAUGGAGGAAUGCGCACUCGAACACAGACUGUCGUAGCAAUGACAAGUAAUGACAAUCAAAGCUGUUUCCCCCUUUUUUACAUUGACCUGCACAUCGAGAGAACAUAGAAACGCCCGCGCCAGUGUGGUGUGACAGGCAGUCUAUGGCACCGGCGCGUUCAGUGGAGGGACCAGGAGCGGAGUGAGACGCGACGAACGCAGACGGACUCGAAGAGGAUGCCCGGCGUAUUCGCGCUGUCUGAGACCUGGAAGAAUUAACAAUCAUUUUGCACUCUAAUGAGAAUUAAGAAUUAAGAAUGGCUCACAGGCACAUCUGUCUACCGUUUGUCAAGCGCGUGGGGCUCGAUAGAGUGAAGUAAAAAUAACUGAGCUCCCAGGACAGGCAGCUCCCUGCGUCGGUCAGCCUGUGAGGGUCCCGUGAGCUUGACGAGCCAAACCCCGAGAUCAUGUGACCCACAUAGAGCAUCUGUAGAUACGCAGCCAGGUUCCCCGUCACCUCUGAGCCUCCAGCAGCCACCUGGCCAUGACUGAACACCACUCCUUCGCUCAGGAAGGCAGCAAAGAGGCUCCUGAACGCUGCUGAGGCGCAGCCUCGGACACAACGCCAUCUCCGUGCUUCUCAUCUUUCCAUUUAUAGUGGGAGCCAUAUUUAUCCACGAUUAUGAUAAUGUUACCCAUUACAGUCCUAAGUACCAAUUGUUUCCUCUUAAAGUAUCGGUGCCUACAUGUCCAGAGACAAGCUGAAUCUUUACCAAGUGGACAUAAGACUUUGUUUGCGAAUAAUGCAUUUAAAAAAAAAAUUUUUUCUUAAUGUGAUCAUGAUUAAUGGUCAUGAACAGGACUGAUAUUCUUAUAGUGGGAAAUCGAUUGUAAACGAAGCCGAACUUUCUGAUGAGGAAAUCCGGCAUCGGCGGAAAUGCAGCCCCUCCUCACCGAGGCUUCAGAGCAUCAGGCAUCACGUAGUCACUGAGUCACGUGCUGGUUAGUGGGGGGGUCGCUGUCUAUCUCAUGCAAGUUGCCUGUCGAUGGAGAGCGAUUGUAAUUCUAACAGCGAGGUAACCAACUACAUUUUCCAUCUGUAAAAAAUAUAGAUUGUCAAUUCAAUAUGUUAACCUAACAACUUACUGAAAGGGGACAAGCUUCCCUGUAUGGAUAAAUAAAAGAAUUCUGCUUUGAAUGAUUUUUUUGUUUUCCUUUGAGGGGCCCUGUGAAGAUGAUCCCCCCCCCCCCCCCCCAAAAAAAAAAAAAAAAAAAAAAACUUGUGUCAUGUCCCCCCUUGUGACCUCGGCAGCAAUGGAAAACCAAGACAGCCACCCCAUAUGCUGUACCCUCACAUUGCCCGAGGGAGGGGGCACAAGAGGGUGGAAGAGCCUCCACAGUGGACACCCCCACUGAGGGCCAAACUUUUUUUUAUCGUUUCUUUGAGUUUCUCCUUAAAAUAAAAAAAAAACUGUGACUCCGCAUACUGAACAAUUCCUUCUUUUGAAUGUAUCUGUAUAUUGUGUUAGAUUCCUUUUUUAACGACUGAAAACAGACUCUCACAGGACUCUCAAAGGCAUUACUUGUUCAUCCAUAGACGGUACCAAGCGCUGUAACCCUAGUCUUUGUGCUGGCUUUUCUCACUGUUUGGUGUGUGGCAGGCAGAAACAUGCAUCCUGGCUGAUUCAUAUGCCACAGUGUCACUAUAUAAUGAUGAUUAUUAUUUGUGUACCAUGUGAUCUGCUUCUCCAAUUAAAUGGAAAAGUCUCUUGUAAUACAGUGUAUUUAAUAAAAGUGUUAUGUCUUACAAUA